AUGGGAUUAAAAUAUUCGACUUUAUUUUUCAUUACAUUGUUGAUUCAUUCAUCAAUGUACAAUCUUUCAAACAAAAAUAUAUUUAAUACAAGUUUUUACUCCGAAGAUGUUGAAAACUACGAAAAAAAAUAUUUUAUAAGUUAUUUAGGGUUCUCUUAUGAUAUUAUUAAAGGAAACCCUCUAGGGGAUCCACUAUUCAUUACGGAUUUGGGAUACAAAAGGUUUAUCCUUAAAGAUAAAAUAGAACUAGAUAACAAUUUAAUAAAUGGUGAAAAUGGUAAUAGCAAUAAUAUAUCUUAUACUGCUUCAAAACGCGUUAAAAUAAAAUGUUUCCAAUCGAAAAAACCAACUAUAAUCAAUGAAUUAAGUGAUAUAAAUAAUGAAUAUAAAAGUUAUAAAUUUCCAUCUCAAUACGAAAUUCAUCCUUUUAAUGCUUCUAAUUAUUAUAAAAUCUUAGCUCAAAGGAUCAACAGAGGAGAUUCGAUAAUUAUAGAUAAAAAAAUUUGCUCUAAAUAUUUUGUUUCUUUAGUUGAAGUUAAAAAUGAUAACUUGGAUCCAUUUUUUUUAAGUAUGUUGAAUGAGUUAGGAAAUAUCUAUCAAGACAUAAAGGGUGACAAAUAUAAAUGUGAUGUUAAAUUUUAUAAGCGCAAUAAAUAUAAUAAAAAAUGUUUAAAAGCUAUAACUCCGUGGAUCACAUUUUUUAACUUGUAUGGAACACAUAUAGUAUCAGGGGUUUAUUUCGGUGGUAGAAUUAUAAAUAAUUUAUAUGUAGAAAAUGAAAAUAUAAAAAACAGUUCAUAUAUUAAAUUAUAUAAGAGAAGAUUAAACCCUUUUUAUAGCAGUAAUUCUAACUUAUAUUUCGGUUCUAUUUUAUCCAGUGAAAAAAUUAUUUAUAUUAAAGAAAGGAAUUUAAUAUUGCACGGAGGUAAUAACAUAAUAUUUGAAAAAGCUAUAAAAAAAAAUUCAUACAAAAAAUGGAAAGAUUCAAUAAAAGGAGAUUUAUCUAAGCCAGUAAAACUAAUUUUAAUCCCAUUUGCAGAAUUUAUAAAGUCAGAAGGUGGGAAGAUCGCAUACUAUGAGGCGUUAGAGUUCUAUUCCAAUUUAAGUUAUUCUAAUUAUAAUUCACAUAUUUUUCAGUUAAAUAAAAGUGAAGAAGAUCUGUAUAGAAUGCAUAUAAAAAAAUGGGACCAAUAUAUAGACAAAAAUGUAAAUUUCAAUAUAUCAUCUAAAUGUAAAACAGGAGAUAAAAUUAUAAGUGGCUUUAUCAUUACAAAUAAAAAAAGGAACUACGGUGAUAACAAUACAAUGCAUCUAUGUCCAUCCUCCAAUGAAUGUUCCAGUGGAAUAAAUAUAGAAAAUGAUAAAAGUUUUGAAUUCGGUUGGAUUAUAUGUAGUUACGAAAACAUUAAUGAAAUAAAACAAAUAAAAAAAGUAGUUCAUGGAGAAGGAGAGAUAACAUGUCCACUACAUAUGAAAAUAGGCUUUGGAUUUUCACUUACUAUACAAAAAUUUAUUAGAACAAAUAUUAGUAUCGAACCUUGUGAAAGUAAUAAGAAACGUUGUAGAAAUAAAAAUGUAGAUGAAAAUUCACAGAGUUUUCUUUGGAUUAAUUGUUUUCCUAACAAUAAACAAAAAUUAUUAGAAACAUUAGAGUCAAAAGCUUAUACAGAGAGAAUUUACUUAAAUGAUACUACUGUAGUCAGUUUAAAAUGUUCAAAAGGAAAAUUUAUUAUUGCAGGAUUUGCAGUUGAUUACAUUUCAUCAAGUGCUCCUGAUUAUUUAAUUUGCCCUAUAGGAAGUUCUUUUUGUGAUUUAAAAAUUCGUGUUGAAGAUAUGAAUAAUCAAGAAGUACAUAUUCCCAUAAUUUAUAUAGUUUGUUCUUCUCUUUAA